AUGCAAAAAGCUCCAACUCAAGUCAAAGUAGUUCUCUUAGGCGAUUCUGGCGUAGGAAAAUCCAGUCUCGUAUUACGAUUUGUAGCCGACAACUUCAAAAACGACGCAGAUGCAACCAUUGGUGCAUCUUACAUGGGAAAAAUCCUUCAGUUCAAUGAUAAGAUGAUUAAGUUCAAUAUCUGGGAUACAGCAGGCCAGGAAAGAUAUCACAGUUUGGCCAAAAUGUAUUACAGAGACGCGAAUGCUGCCAUCAUGGUCUACGAUAUCACUAAACGAGAUAGUUUUGAAGGACUCAAAAGAUGGCACAAAGAACUUCAAGAAUUCGGGCCAAAAGACAUAGUCGUCACUAUUGCAGGAAACAAAGAAGAUUUAGUCGAGACUGAAGCAGUGCCGCAGGAGGAAGCAAAAGAAUACUCGAAAUCAAUCGGAGCUUUGUAUAGGAAGACUUCAGCGAAAACCAACUAUGGGGUUGAACAAGUGUUCCGUGAUAUAGCAACUAAAAUGUGUCCGGAUUUAGAAGCACAAGCCCCUGCUGCGAGGCCGUCAGGGACCAUUUCUCUUCAGCCUAAACCUACACCAGCUGGCGGUAAGAAAAAGUGCUGCUAA